GCAUUUGCUUGCCAUGUGCAUGGCCAUAUUUUAUGCCAUUGAAUGGCUCAUUUAGAAUGGUUAAUUUAGGCCACUUGCUUCACAUUGUACUUUAUCUAGAUCUUAGCUUCUUGGGGGGGACAAGAUUUAUGACCAUGGUCAGUGUCUGUGAGUUAAAAAUAGCCUGAACUACUGUGAUGGCAGAUAAAGGUAUAACUGUAUACAAAAAUGUCAGCUAUCAGGCACUAUCAUGUGCAAGGUGCACUGAAAGAACAGGGGUGGACCUGGAUCAUGUCGUGGAGCAGACGCAGGAAGUCCAGCUUUGGAAGAUGCAAUCAAGGUGCUUGAACCUCGAGAAAGACAAUGAAGAACAUGGCAACUUUGUUUGAAGUUUGAAACCGUUGCUCAAUUUUGACAAAGAAGAGAUGCAUGCAUAUGGCUUUGGUGAUUAAAGGUUGAUGCUAGAAAGGCGGACUAUAGCAAAGGAGUACUACCUGGUAGCAUGAGCAUUCGCACUGCUUUUAUUUAGCCGAACAUCGUUAAUGGGGAAUCUAGUGCUUGCAGCAAAGAACACAUGCUGAAAAGACUAGAAGAGCACGGCACGGUCGAAGUACACGAUGAGCAGGCUGUUUAGUAGUAAGUAGCAGUACAGGCUAGUGCGAGCUAUAGAUGUUCUAUAAGUUUACAACAGUGGGUGGGGAUUAUCGUGUUGAUGCGCAGUCACGCUUUAUGUGCGGUCUACCCCAUUCUAAGUGGUUAAAGCAAGCUUCAAACACAAGGUAAGCGUUCUCGACCACAGGAUGAUCAAUGGCCACCUUUUAAUUUCUUGCCGUUACCUUUGCUAAGUAGCUUAGCUUUUCCCCCUUACUUUUGCUAACUGGCCUUUGGUUUCAUAUGGCGCUCCAGCGGUUUAUAACAGGCUAAUGUGAUUUGAAUUUUCUGCAAUACACUGAAAUGUGGUGACGACAGCGAGUAAUUUGGGGUGGUUAGUUGUGAUCUUAUUAGCGCUCUGUUUUCUUCUUCCUGUGGGUAUGUGGGUGGUUUGUAGCACCCGGGUGUUUGUAAAAAAGAAAAAGAAAAACACACACGGGGAAAUUAAUUUUUGGUAACGGGAAUCAUGGGCUAAUUGCGGGGGAUUAACGGGUGGUCAGAUCUGGCUAAAACGGGAAAGCAACAGGACACGAGCGCAAUUAUCAUCCCCAGCGGACAAGGGCCAAGCAAGAAGCGCCAAAGCUGCCAACCCGACGGGAGAUAAUAAGAGAAGGAGAGAAGAGACCGCCGCGGCGCCGAGCCUCGCCUUGUCGUCGUGCAGCCCCUUCCCGCCCCCACCCCCACUUUCCUCCCCGUGAUCCGCCCGUGGGAUCUCGCGCCAGCCCGCCCGCCCGCCAGGAUCAAGCCGCGGCCUGAGGGACAGCCAUGGGGAUCCCGCGCUGAUCAACGCGCGCAGGCAGGCAGGCGGGAACCGUAGGAGGAAGGAGGGGGAGGGGGAGGGGCACGAGGCAGGGCCAGCGCGCAGCAUGGAGCAGAAUGGCGGCUCCUUCCUCGCCGUGCGCCGCCUCUCCGGCCACCACCACCCGUCGCCGGCGGACGUCGUGUCGGGGUCGACGGCGUGGAUCGGGAGGGGAUUCUCCUGCGUCUGCGUGCAGAGGCGGGACAGCGACGCGCGCAUUUCCUUCGAUCUGACCCCCAUUCAGGAAGAGUGCCUACAAAGAUUACAGAACCGGAUAGAGGUGCCUUAUGAUAGUCAAAAUAGAGAACAUCAGGAAGCACUCAAAGCCCUUUGGCAUGCUUCUUUUCCUGGGACUGAACUUCUAGGACUAGUAUCAGAUCAAUGGAAGGAGAUGGGAUGGCAAGGGAAAGACCCAUCCACAGAUUUCAGGGGUGGUGGCUUUAUCUCUUUGGAGAAUUUACUUUACUUCGCUAAGAACUAUCCAAAAUCCUUCGAGGAGCUCCUUUGUAAGCAAAAUGGUGACAGAGCAUUGUGGGAAUAUCCAUUUGCUGUAGCUGGAGUAAAUAUUACAUUUAUGCUCAUUCAGAUGCUUGAUCUUCAAGCAGCUAAGCCAAGGUCUUUGAUUGGAGCAGUGUUCCUAAAUCUACUUAUAGAAAACGAUCGAGCUUUUGACAUUCUUUACUGCAUAACCUUUAAGCUUAUGGAUCAGAAAUGGCUUGAAAUGCACGCCACAUAUAUGGAUUUCAAUACUGUUAUUAAAUCCACACGACGCCAGCUUGAGAGAGAGCUAUUACUUGAAGAUAUUCAGCAAAUUGAGGACAUGCCGUCAUACAGUUUUCUCGCCCGUUAGCAACUGAAGUCUCACCUAACAUCGCCACGUGUAGUUAAGUUCUUGAUAUCCAUGCUUCUAAAGAGUGUCACCUUGCAGAGCCACGGGCGUGGAAUGUAGGAAUCAGGGACGUGCUUGUGUGGUUUUUGCUAUCGUGUUUAGGUACUCUGAUAUCCUGAGCUCGUGGGUCUGCAUGUUUUGGUCUUCUUGGAUCUGACAUCUAGAGUAACUGGCUACCUGAACAACAGUUGGGCCAUGCUAGUGCCGGUAGGAUGUUCUUUCGGAAAUAAUUUGUCACACGGAGUCUUUGUGCUACCAAAUACUACCUCUGUCCGGAAUUAGCUGACGCUCAAACAGAUGUAUGGAAGGAGUAGUAACUUCCGAGAUUUCUCAGUUCUCAAGACAGCUUUGUAGCCAAGUGCAUACAUGAUAUUGAUGCAUUCUUGUUUUGCACUAAAUACACACGUUUUGUGUGAUUUAUCCAUGGAUUGUAUA